GAGGUCCCGAAGACGUCGUGGGCCGACGUCGGCGGCCAGGCCGAGGCGAAGCGGGCGCUCCAGCAGGCCGUCAUCUGGCCCGUGACGCGCCGCGCCGAGUUCGACCGCUUCGGCAUCCGCGCGUGCCGCGGCGUCCUGCUCCACGGGCCGCCGGGCUGCUCGAAGACGCUCCUCGCGCGCGCGACGGCGUCCGAGUCGAGCUGCGCGUUCAUCGCGCUGUCCGGCGCGGACGUCUACAGCCCCUACCUCGGCGAGGCCGAGGCGACCGUGCGCCGCGCCUUCGCCGCGGCGGACGCGGCGACGCCCUGCAUCCUCUUCUUCGACGAGAUCGACGCGCUCGUCUGCGACCGCGCGGGCGGCGACGGCCGCGGCGCCGAGGCGCGCGUGCUCUCGACGUUCCUCAACUGCCUCGACGGCGCGAGCGGCGGGCCCCGCGACGGCGUCGUCACGCUCGGCGCGACGAACCGGCCCCACGCCAUCGACCGCGCGCUCCUGCGGCCGGGGCGCCUCGAGACGUCGGUCUACGUCGGCCUGCCGGGCCUCGCGGACCGCGAGGCCGUCCUCGCGGUCCACGCGCGGGGCCUGCCCCUCGCGGCCGACGUCGACCUCGCCGCGCUCGCGGCGCGGACGCGGGGCUUCUCCGGCGCGGACCUCCGCAAGGUCUGCCAGGACGGCGCGCGGAACGCGCUCCGGAAG